UCUGGCCAUGUUUUCGUGUCGUCCAUGUUGGCGAUUCGGCUGCUGCGACCAAACGAAACAGGAAACAUAAAGCUUCCGUUUAAACUUUCUGAAUAAAAGCAAUUAUUCCGACUCGGAUCCGCCCUUCGACGGGCACAAGGAGAAUUCCAGUUGUCGCUUGUGGUGAUGAGGAUGAGACGCUCGUCCGAGGUGUCAACAUUACGGUGAUGUUCACGGAUAUGGUGGAGGGAUGUCCAGGAAGAUAAAAUUUAUUGUACUAAAUUCUUCCAGUCAUGAGGACAACUUCAGUGCUCAGGAGCUCAUUGUCCAUGCACCCACUGUCAGUGGUUGGAGAUCUAGCAGGUCAUGUAGCUACCCUCAGCACAUCACCCUGCAGCUGGUGGAAAGAAGUCGGGUGAAGAAGCUGCAGCUGCUGGCCCACCAUUACCUGAUCCCAGCUAAGGUGGAGUUCCACAUAGGUGACAGUCCUCCAGAUCCUUGCACAUCACCGCUCAUUGGCCACCUUCACAAGCUCGGCUACGUGUCUCUGUCAGACAACGAGAAGACUGGCUUUAGAGCUCGGGAACUGAAGUCAGUCCAUUUAGAUGCCGUCGGAAGAUACCUGAGGAUAACGUUUCACAGGAAUCAUGCUAACCGUCACAAUCGCUACAAUCAGGUGGCUUUGGUGGCCAUUAACGUGCUGGGUGAUCCCCUGGAUGAGAGUGCUUUUCACACCGUUCCAAGCAGAGAGCAGCUGAUUGAACACUACCUCAACAGCACCCAGCUGGAAGCCGCCUUGGAUGCGACCCUCGCGGGAAAAUAUGACUCCACAUCCCCCUUGGAUGACCUGGCUUUCGACAUGUACCAGGACCCUGAAGUGGCCUGUAUCAUCCGCCAGUUGGAUCAAAAAAAGCAGGAUAUGCUUCAUCAGGAGAGAUUUGAGCAGGCCAAGUAUCUGAAGCAGGCUAUUGCCGAUAUUCAAAAGGCCGGGGAGCAUUUGGCAAAGCUUGAUGUGGAGAAGCAGUGUGCGAUGGAAAAGGAGGAAUAUGACCUUGCCAAGAAAAAGAAGGAUGAAAUGGAUGCAUACCGGAGGAGUGUCUACCAGCAGCUGGAGGUCCACAACCUCUUUGAUAUGGCAAUGAUAACAAGUGCAUCAGAAUCGUGUCCAUCCCAGGAGGUUCCAUCACUUCUUUGUCCUUCAGCCCACCCCUUGCUCCCCACUAAGCCCUUUGACCCGAAAAGGAAAGAGAAAGCUCUUUCAAACUCUCCACAGAGCUCUCUGUUAGACUCUGACACACUUUUAUCUAAAUGGAGCAACCCGCCUGACUCACCUUGCACCUCGUCUGACCUUCAAAAAAUGCAUUUUAGCAGUGUGCCUUAUGGCGAGAGGCACCUGCCAGCCCUGCUGAAAAAGGACCAGCCAGGAGAGGCCAUAGAGAGCCCUGCAAUGGAGCACUCUGUCCUACUUGACUCCCAAAGUAGUCUUCUUAGCCCUGAGGUGGGCGCAGAACCAGAGCCCUUAUCAGAAAAGGCUCAGAGAGAGGCUGGCCAUGCAAUAGAGGUCUAUGGAGAGAGUCUGAUCGCAAGGGCAUAUUCUAAAUCCUGGUCGAAUAGAGAGGAUGCACUCCUGGCUGUGCACAAGAAGCUCUCGGAGGUACCCUCCACGACAACCAAAGAGGAGCUGAGGAACAUGAUUAGAGCUGCAGUCUUCUUGGUCAAGAGGGCCCUCCCGGAGAAAGUUUCCUCUGUUUUCCAAGCCUCCUUGAAGUUGCUGUUCUUCAUGUUGAGCCAGCCUAUCCCAAGUCUGGGGAGAGCUGAAGUGACCCACUGUUUGGAGAACACUUGGCCCACCCUACUGGCCAGGACUGGAGACUUGACCAACCACCUCCGUGUCACUGCCACAGUUUGUAUCCAGGAAAUUGCUGUCCUGAAGGAUGUUCGAGUCUUGCAGUUUGUGCCUGUUGAGCUGGUGAAGCCUUUCAAAUCCAACUUCCCCACACGUCUCGCUCAAAGUAGGGCCGAACUGCUCGAAAGUCUCCUGGCGAAGCUGGGCACAGAGAACUCUGGAUUCACUGUGGAGAAUGUAAUGAUGUUCUGUAUGGCAGCGUUGGAGCAUGGUGCAUCUGCUGUUCGAGAGCUGGCAGUGCGCAUCAUCUUAUCCAUGUACAAGCAGCACAGUUCAGCUGUUCUCAGCUUCUUUCCACCCCAGAAUGCUGCUCGUAAAAACUUCCUUCACAAAACCUUAUUCGAUGGUUUUGCCAAGAUCGACGGAAAGCUUGUGGAAAUUCAGGAUGGGCAGAAGGAGAAGGAGGAGAUCCACUCUCUGCAAGAGCAGCUGGCUGCCUUAAAGGACUUGACAGAGAGUGACUGUAAAAGUACCAAAGGACAAACGGCCAAGAAAGAAGUUCCUAAAGUUGAGAGGGGAUCUCAAAAGACUGGUAAACAAACAGUUCCGAAAUUGUCACAGAACAAAUCACCCCCCACAGUAGAGGUCCAGCAAUCUAUCGCAUACCUGGAUAACUUGUGUAUAUUCUGCGGUGAAACUGAUGAUUCUUUCACCGAAGAUGGAUUGGAUCUUCACUACUGGAAACACUGCCCCAUGCUGCGGCGCUGUGAUGAAUGCAGACAGGUAGUGGAAAUCUCCAGCUUCACGGAGCACCUACUAAACGAAUGUGAAAGUAGGUCCAAAUUCAGCCAGUGUCUGCGCUGCUCGGAGGCAGUGGCCACUGAAGAGCUGACCCGACACGUCCAGGGUACCACUUGCAAACCCCCCAUCUCAGGUAAACGCUCCAGCCAUUGCCCUUUGUGUCACACCAACUUUUCACCGGGAGAAGAGGCCUGGAAGGCUCACCUCACAGGCAGUGAGGGCUGCAAACAAAACUCACGUAGGGCCACGGAGUCCCAGAGAACCAAGCCAGCACAAGGUAAGGCUGUCACUAGAACAAAGUUCACACACACCUGGUCGAUGGGAACCCGAGGGAGAGCCAGGCCUUUUGGAAGAGGCAGUCGGAUCCCCUCUCUGGCACCGCUGGCUCGAGGACGUACACCUGGGAAGCGUUGAUCGUUGACGAAGAUUCUCCUCCUUGCUGUAGAGCAGGGGUGUCUAACUCAUUUUUUGUCGUGGGACAUUUUGGAGUUACGCUUUCCUUGUGAGGGGCUGUGCAAAAUCUCAACGCUAUUUAUUACCCAUGCCAUUUGACAUUUUGGUACAGAUUUUCAGCAAGAAUCAUGACAUGAUUUGUUCCUACGGGCCACAUAAAAUGACGUGGGGGGCCGGAUCUGGCCCCCAGGGCCUUGACUUUGACACCUGUGCUGUAGAGGAUCCAACAGUGUCAUUCAUGAUGUUGCGGUCCUGCUUUUCACGAAAGAGGCACUUUUGGAGAAGUCCAUAUAGGUUUUAUGCCAUAUACAGUAAUUUGAUGACUUACCGGUUUGUCUCAUUUGACAAUAUCAUUUAAUAAUGACUCACAAAAUUCAGUUUCAGAAUAAUUACUCAAUUAAAAUGGAGCAGGUACAAGACAACCUUGCACUGGUGGUGAGUUGAGCGAGGUUGCACGGCUGAAGUGUGGCAUAUGGCUAAUAGAACCAGCCGUGUCUGGCGUACACCGAGAUAACCUCGGAUGACCUCAUCAGCAGUUAUUUUGUCAGACCUGACAAAGGCCUCCUACUGGAGACGCAGAUGCUACUAUACAGCUUUCAAAGAUAUACCUACCGCAUGACCAGGUGGCAUUCCCUGCCACAAAAAGAAAUCCCUCUUUCGGGAGCACAAAGUGUUGCUGUAUUAAGUGAACUGUGCAAAACAAGUUGCACCUUUUAGCAAAUCUUUGCACCACUGCUAAGGCUUUUGGUUGCAUCAUUGUAGAUGUUUUUGUCUUUGUUUAGGUCUGUGUGUACUCUCGGGUCCAUAAAUAUGGAGGUUCCUCUUUUUGGCUCUAACCACCAUCGCAACGGAUUUGGAACGAAACAAACAAGCUGCGCUUUUACUGCCGACUUUCAUUUUUGAUUUGAGGGUAUUUACAGCAAAAUCGGUUGAGCGUUGUUGGAAAAUUGUAUGUAUCGGGAAACGGAAGAUUGUAUGUAUCGCGAAGAGCAUUUCCCUUCAGUUUUGUUUUUGGCAGGUGGAAUGGAUGCUUAGUCAGAUUCAGGUCAGAUGAUUGACUGACUUUGCAUGACAUUCCACUUUGCAUUCAAAAACUCUUUGGUUGCUUUUGUAAUAUGCUCCGGGGCAUUGUCCAUCUACACUGUGGAGUGCCGCUCAAUGAGUUCCGAAGCAUUUGUCUGAAUAUGAGUACGUCAUGCAUGAAACACUUCAGAAUUCCUCCAGCUCAUUUUGUCAGACAGGUUACAUCAUCAAUCACUCCAAAGGAACCCGUUCCGCUGGCAGUCAUACGUGCCCACCUGGACAUGCAAUAGCGGAGCAGCUAAUUGUCCCAUGACUGUACUUUCGGUCCCUUCAAAAAGUGUGUGGCAUAUACAAACUGUUGCCAUUGCUACUCUGUUCACCUGAUUUGGAUGUAAAUACCCUCUGAUUAAAGCGGAAAGUCUGCCGUUAAGAGUUUUUAGCAUUUCAAAUCAAUUUUCAUGUUGUUUCGAGCUAAAAAGAUGAAGAUAUUUUGUCCCAUGUUACCAACAUUUACGGACCUGACUAUGUAAUAAUUGUAACGUAGGUUUUUUACCAUGUACAUCAUUUUGACAAUGAUUUUUUUUUUUGCAACGGUAUCUGCGUUUAAUUAAAUAAACAUGAAUUUAUAACACCG